ACGGUGCUGACGGUGCUGCCCGAGCGCCGCCGGUCGACACGCCCCCAGCGUGGGUACAGCGCGCAGGAGCGGCGCGCUCAGGAGACACGUCCACUGUGCUGGGGAGCGUUGGAAGGCGCGAUGGGAGUUAACGCAUUCAAGUUUGCCGAGGUCCUGUCACCACCGUCGACGCACUAGACAAAAGACGUUUGGGGUUCCUGUGUUUUUGUUGUUGUUGUGUUUGUUGUUGUUUCCUCUUAAGGGAGGCUCGUCUGCGGGGUUUUUUUUUGUCCGUGACGUCUCUCUCACAGGAUGUUGGCAACAUUGGAAAGCCGGGUGCUAUCAUAAAGUCAGUCGUCUCCUGCGCGCCACACCACCAGCAGCACACAAAGGGGAACCACGGAACAACUUGUUUUCUUUCUUUUUCUCACACCGUGUUUUUUUUUUUUUUUUGAAUGUCAUUAAGAAGCAGAGGGGGCUGUUUCAAAGACAAAAUGGAUCACUUUGCAGCAGAGUGCCUUGUUUCGAUGUCCAGUCGUGCAAUUGUUCACGCUCCUAAAGGGAAUAGGGAGGUGAGACCAGAAACCGCGUCCUCCUCCAGGAUCGGAGAGGACAUUAAAGAACCUUUGGUGAGAGACAACUCCUCUCUGUUUGUGGUGGCGCGGAUUCUGGCGGAUUUUAACCAGCAGACUCCCAACAAUGUUGCCGAGCAGGCAAAAAUAAAGGAUGAGAGCAUGGCGAACCUCGCGGAUGAUGGGAUCUCUGCCACACCUUCCACCAUCUCCGAUCCAUCGCUCAAACAAAGAGGCAAAAGAUCGCGAGGUCGGAUUGAGGAAGACUCGCCUCAGAAAAAGCACAAAUGCCACUAUUCAGGUUGCGAAAAAGUUUAUGGCAAAUCAUCCCACCUCAAAGCUCAUCUAAGGACCCACACAGGAGAACGGCCUUUCCCAUGUACCUGGCCCGACUGCAGUAAGAAGUUCGCCCGGUCGGACGAGCUGGCCCGCCACUACCGCACCCACACGGGGGAGAAGAAGUUCGGGUGCCCGCUUUGCGAUAAGCGCUUCAUGCGCAGCGACCACCUCAUGAAGCACGCGCGCCGCCACUCGGAUUUCCAGCCCGGCAUGCUGAAGAGGCCCCAUGGCGGAAGCAUCACGCGUCCCAGCUCCCUCAGCGACUACAGCCGCUCGGACGCCUCCAGCCCCACCCUCAGCCCCACCCUCAGCCCCGCCCUCAGCCCCGCCAACUCGCCUUAAACUGAUACCCAGUCGCACUUUUCUGCCUCUGACCCAGGAGGCUCUUUUUUUUUUUUUUGUCCUAACACUUGUGUUGCACAGUUGACAGCAACCACCCUCUGCUAUUCCUGCGCUUGCUGUGGUGUACCAUACUGUACAUAACUGCUUAUUGUAGUGCAAUUACUCGUGUGAUCCUAAAAGAAGGUAAUGCCUUUCCCAGAUGGCAAUAUUCACAGUCUUGUACCAUAUGUCUGUAUUUUUUUAGCUUCUGAUCAUGGCUAGUCGUCCAAUGUAUGUUCUCAGUCAGCUGAACAAGGUUUAGAAGAAAUCAAAACAGAGACAGGUCAUAUCGAAAUGGGGUUUUCUUUGGUUCGUUUUGAACGCGUGAGGAGAAGGGGUACACACACACACCUCAGGAUUGAAGACAUUUCUGUAAUACCACAGUACUUCACAGUACUCACAUUGACUGCACAAUAUACUCAUCACUUUACUCUUAAAUUCAACAGGGGUUGAAUUUUUUUGAAUUUUACGCCCUGCUCAGGGAUGGCCUUGUUAGCUUGAAAGAAUGAACAUGGUAAAGAGAAAACAUACAGUACAUAUAUAGCAGCCUUACACUCAACACAAUUUUGCACUCUGUUUUUUUUUUCUUUUU